AUGGGUCGUGGCUGCUCCAUGGACGAGUGGGUACACUUUACAAAGCUGCUCGACGAAGGGCGCGUGUCCAACUCGUCGUACUGGUACGUCUUGUGCCGCCACUGCGUCUCUGCUUAUGAACAAAAGCAGCUCUUGACUGCGCCCGUGAAGCUCACGGGACGGCGCUCGGCCAUGCGCUCGCACUUGAAGUCGUGUCCUGUGUACGCCACACAAUAUGAGAGCGAGCAAUGCACCGUACAAGAGACGGCGGUUCCAGCACUUGAUGACCGACAUACUCAAGUCAAGACACUGGAGACAGGAGGGGGAACACCAGGUGGUCGCUCGAUGACAACGACGUCCGUGGGCGAGAAACGCAAGCGCCGACCCGCUGCUGUUGUUGGAGGUCGUCGUGGCAAGCACCACUUGAUGGAAGAGUGGAUGCACUUCACGCGACUCCAGACGGAGGGAUACAUUGGCAAUUCCAACUUCUUCUAUGCUGUGUGCAAGCACUGUGAGCGAGCACAUGAGGCCGCAGCUGACGACCAGAAGCCGCUGCUGGUGCCGGAGAAGAUCGUGGGCAGACGCGAGAAGAUGCGAAAGCAUUUGUCGCAGUGUCCCCACUUUAAAGGUGAGCUGCCACCACUGGGUCGUAGGCUGUAUCAACGCAGUACGGUCAAGCUGUCCAAUGGUGCCGAGUGUACGAAAGAAGUGAUGGCAGUACACGAAGAGACUGGGUCGGGUGUUGCAGCUACGGUGCAAAAGCUGGAAGUGUCUGCUACUGCUAUUGCUGGUGGUAUCACUGCAGCUACGAUGACGAAGGUCUCGUCGCGACAGGCACUGAACGAGUGGCACUUUUUCACGCGGCUCGAGCGCAAACAGGACAGCGCUUAUUACUACGCGCGGUGCAAUUUUUGCCAGCAGGCGUUUGAGAGUGCGCCUGAAAGCUUGAAGGCGUCGAUGAAACCGACUAUUGUCAUGGGGCGCAAGAGCAAUAUGCAGACUCAUUUGGCCAAGUGUCCUCACAUGCCUAAGGAUGCAUUGAUGAUCGAAGAAGUUUAUGGAAACGAACACAGCACAAGUUCUGGUAGCGGUGCAACUGUUGCACCUGUACUGGAUGCGCAAAUGUCUUUAGAGCCCAAACGCACUGGAGCUGAUGUCGGUGAUGUAUCGUUACUGCCAUCUUCCGAUACCACUUUGGUGCAUCGCGCGCUGGUACAACUGCUUAUUGAGCACCAGCUGCCUUUCGAGUGGAUUGAAAGCCAUAGUGCCAGGCGUUUAUUCCGCGCACUCGUCCCUACCCCUGGCACUGCUGAUAGGAUUAUACCUAGCGCUGCUGACCUGCGCACGCGCGUUUUGGAAAACGUGUACAGCACGACGCUUUUGAGUGAACUCUCGAAUCUGCAAGAGCUCAUUCCACUCUCACUAGGCACGUCUGCUCCCUCAAAUAGUGCCGAAGAGGCCGUGUCGGUCGCGCCGAUAGGGCCGUGGCCAGCAUCGUUGCAUUGCAACAUGGUAUUAGUCCUGCAAUCUGGAAUUCCGCUCGUGUCUGCGAUUGAUGGAGUCGUGACCAAUGGAAAGGCUAUCGUUUCACUAGCAUUUAUCCGAGCCCAAGAAGAGAAAGCAGAUGUGGAGAGUGCAAGAGUACAAAAACAUGGGCUGGAUGUCGCAAGAUGGCUAGAUGAGCAUAUCCGACUUUGUGUCAAAACUGCUAAAGUGGCUCUCGCGGUGGUGGUGUUGCCGUACAACUCGAUCGCUCAACGCGCUAUCGGCAUUUUGCGAUCUCCGGCACGCUGGUCAAAUGUUACUUUCCUGCUCGAUAUGGAGAAUAUGUUGCAUUUUCCAUUGCUGACGCUGCUGGCGACCUCGGAAAUGUGUACUGUUGUAUCAUCCCUCAUCGAGGUGUGGCAGUUGGAGUCAAUCCGCUCUUGUGUUAUCGAACGACUGUCGAAAAUGGACGGCAGCACCAAUGCUAGCCCCUUUAGUAGUUGGCACUCGUGUGCUGUUCUCAUUGAGGUACUACUUGAUGACAAAACGUUUGCGGCCAGUACAAAAAGUGGAACGGCGAAUGCACAAAGGCUAGUGGAGAACGCGCUGAACCGCUCGUUACUGGAGCGCGUGUGCAACCUGCUUCGUGUUUUCUCGAACGUAUUCUCCAGCUGCCGAGCUGGAUUGACGCUUUCUGAAGCAAUGAUGCGACUAGGUGUGCUAUUUACUGCUGCCAAAGGCUUCCCAACGGUCCAGCGCGCACUCGAGGUGGUAUGGGAGCAAAUGGAGCAGCCUCUUUUUGUAUUGGCACAUGCGCUAAAUCCGCGCCUUCGCUUGCGCGAUAUUAACAGUACUGUGAUCUCGAAGUUCAGUACCCUGAGUGAUCUCAGCGUGUUGUAUUUUACGUCUCUUUUCAAGCGCAGACCGAACUCGCUGCGAGGAGAGGUGACUGCAUAUCUACAUGCGUCGCAGCAAGUGUUCACGGCCAAUUUUGUCGCCGAGUUUCCCAUCGUGGACGAUUAUUUUCGCUACUUGGGUGACGACUAUCCGUCGUUAUCCAUGCUAAUGCAAGUGUUGAACUCCUUGUCGCCAGUGUCGCUAGCAACCCGUGCAGCACAUUCACCACCAAAGGCACCAGAAAAAGACGUGAGUGACAGGUAUACUAUCGACGAGCAGCUAAAGCUCGACUAUCUGCGUGGCCGAUGGGGAAUUACAUCUGGUGCUCCAAUGUAUGAAGCGCCUGGAGAAGAGACGAGAAGUCGGAUUGCCGCGCACGAUGACCGCAGUGGAGCAGCCAUGUUGAAUGCUGGCGUUGUCAUGGAUGAAUGGAAGAAAGUCUUGACAUCGAGGCUUCAUGAGCGAGGCGUAGAUCUUUCUUCGUCGUACGACCUGUUCAAUGGCGUGAAUGUAUCCAACAUAUCGUGUGGCAUCGCUGAACGAGGAGGCAGCAAUGGAGCAAAUGGAGAUCAAGACGUGGCUCAACACAGUCUCAAGUUGCCGGCGCUGGAGCGUGACGACGAGCUGACGGUUCAAUCGACUGGACUGCGCAGCGAAUUCUCUACAAAAGUACCGCUCAAGGACUUGUUUAAAUCUGCUGAGAGCUGUGUAGCUGACUGA